AUGAAGACUUCUGCGAUCCUUAUUAGUGUUGGCGCCGCCAUGGUUGCAGCCCAGGAUAUUACCUAUCCUUCAGGAUUUCCUGAUUGUGGUAAAACCUGUAUCAACAACAUGUUGAACCAGGCUUCCGACCUCGGUUGCACCAACGUCGCACCCUCGUGCCUCUGCGCCAAACCGAACUUCAUAUACGGAGUUAGAGACUGCGCUACGGAGUCGUGCCAGGACCAAUCCCUCGCACAGCAAGUCAUCCAGUAUGGUAGUCAAUACUGUGCUAGUGUCGGUGUUGACGUAUCUGGUAUUCCCACUGCUACUGGAACCAAUCCCACUGCUUCUACCACCGUUGUGGCAACCGCUUCUCCUACCAACAACCCAAUAGUUGGAUCCCAAGGAUCAAACAGCAAUGGUGCCACCGGAUCUGUCCCUAUUUCGACCGCAACCUUCGAGACUUCCUUCACCGCUAGCGGAAGUGCUGUCGAAUCUACUGUCACCAGUACCAUCUUCUCAGGGGAAGCUUCUUCUUCAGGUACAGCUGUCUCUGGAUCCGAGUCUGCAUCUGAGUCUGGAUCCAGUACCGCAAGCGUGAUUGCGUCGACCAUCACAACAAAUGGUUCAACCUUGACGACUACUGCUAGUAGCACAGAAGCCGCAAGCAGCCAGGCCUCCGAGAGUGGUAGCAGCGAAUCUCGUACCGGUUCGGCCAGCGAGUCGGCUUCGUCCACAUCGAACCCUGCGGCUCAGCGCACCGCAGCACCUGCCGGCUUCAUUGCCGCUGCCGGCUUGGCUGCACUGAUGCUAGAUACCCACCCCUGA